GGCCGAGGCGCGCAGCCCCGCGCCGCGCCGCGCCGCGCCGCUCGGAGGCGGAGGAAAUGAAGGCGAGUUCCGCCGAGGCGGGAGCCAUUACCCGCCGCCAGCGGAGCUGAGCCCGCCGAGCCCGGCUCCGCCGCUCCCCCCGCCGCUCCCGGCCCGGCACAGGUGCCGGGGCGAGGGGAUGAGGUGCCCCCCUGCCGCGUGGUGUGCCGAAGCGGCUCUUUAGAUCCUCCCCAGCCCAAGCCUCCCCUGCCAUGGAUGCCUCGGGGGCCGUUGCUUCGGCUCCCUCCUCCGCGGCUCCCUCGGGCUCCCGCAGCCCCAUGUUUCCCCCAGGAGCUGACAGAGAGGAGUGGGGACCGAGGUUCAAUUGUGCCCCUUCCACCUCUGCCGCAGCCUCGCAGGCGAUGCCAGCGUCUGGCCGGAAGAGGAAGGCCAACUUCUCCAAUGACGAGACCGAGACGUUGGUCUGGAAUGUGGUCCGGCAUUUCAGCGCCCUGUAUGGGUCAGAAGCCCUUCGGGCUCACCCUGUGCGGCGGAAGCAGCUCUGGACCCAAAUCCAAAGCCGUGUCAACUUCCUGGGCUACACCGAGCGCUCCAUCGACGACCUCAAGCACAAGUGGCGCGACCUGCGGUUGGACGUCAAGAAGAAGAUCACCUCCAAGAAGCACCUGCCCAUGAACCGCGCCGGCGGGCCGCUCCACAAGCCGCGCCUCACGCCCCUGGAGAAGAUGGUGGCUUCCACCUUCUUGCAGGCCAGUCACGACUCGGAGCCCGAAAUCAUCCUGGAUCCAGAUCUGUUCUUCCCCGGUGCAUCCAAGCAGUCCUUCAUGCACCUGCAGCCCGGCGUGAGCCACCCCAGCAUUUACAUUGACACCAACGGGCAGCCCUCCUCCCUGCCCGACGUGGAGGGCUCCGCUGCGCCCCGGCUGGCGGUGCAGAGCCCCGACCCCUCGGUCAUCUGCGAGUACAGCCGAGGGGAAGGGCAGAGCAGCUCGGCCGAGUCGGGAGCGGAGCUGCGGACUCCGGACAUGACAGCCAUAUCCCCAUCCCUGCGCAACGAGUCCCUGGUGUCCUACGCGUCCAUGUCGGAGGAGGAGGAACGGGAAGGCCGGGAGGUGGAGAGGGGCCACGGCGGGGCGGCGGGGCUGCAGCCCGGACCCGAGGCCCCGAUGUCAGCAGAGGAGGACAUGAAACUGUCCCGCCAGGCCAUGCUGAUCCGCCGCUGCAGCUCCCAGGGCUCCGUCACCUCCCUGCCCGAGGACCCUCUCAACCCCGCGGACGCUCACUCGGACUGGGGCCACGACGGUGCGUCCGAGCUGCCCGCCCUGGGCCGCGCGGUCGACUCCUCGCACCCCGAGGAGCAGGCGGGGGGCUCGGGCCCGGAGGCGGGCUCUUUGCCCAGGGUACUGAUGGGGCCCGCCUGGGAGAAGCCCCCCGACGAGGAUCCCCCGGCUCGCUCCCCGCUGCACGGCGGCGCCCUGACCGAGGAGUCGCUGCCCUCCUCCGCCUCUCCCCCAGGCGACGCCCCGGCCGCCCCCGGCCGCGGCCCGGGCUGCUCCCGCCUGCGGGAGGAGCGCCGGGACAGCUGGAGGACUAACAUCCAUCACCUGCUGGACCUGGAGGAGCAGUGGGACCAGCUGUACCACCAGGAGCUGGCCAUGUGGCAGGAGGAGCGAGCCACGCAGCGCGAGGAGCGCGCCCGGGACCGCGAGCUGCAGUUCCGCCUGCUGGGCGUCCUGACGGACAUCCGCGACGAGCUGCGCUACCUGCGCCAGGAGCGGGCCGGCGCCCGCCAGAGCCAGGGGCCGCCUCCGGAGCCCCGGCCGGAGCCCGGCCCGCUCCUCGAGCAGCCCAAAGCCGAGCCCGGCUUCCCCGAGCCGCAGGCGGCGAACGCCGGCUGGGCGGAGACCGCCGCGCCCGGCCGCGGCCCCUUCGGUAACCGGGGCCGCGGCCGUCGCAGGGGCCGACCGCGCGGCUCAGCCUCCAGACACAGACGGCUGUUCCUCGCCAACAGCUAGGGCGGGAGGGUGCCGUCCCGCGAAGGACGUGGUGUGCGUACAGCCCUGCCCGGAGCCGCGGCCGCGCGUUGCUCGCGGGGGCCGGGAGGAGGUCGGUGCCCGCCGUGCCGGCACGAAGGUACGGGGCUGCGGGCGGCCGGCACCGUGCGCGCCUGCCCGCGUGCCCGCGUGUGCGAGCCCAGGCUGGGGGUGCAGCGUCGCACACGCGAGGUUCGUGCGCGCGCCGUGCCGAUGGGGCGCGCGUGCGACGGCGCAUAGUGGAGUAGGAUUUUACUACCUUGGGGGGGGUGGGGA